AUCGCUGCAGUCUUCUUGUCGAUAUGUCGUCUCAGCCCUCUAUCUCCCGUUUCCUCCCGGAGCCCAAGACCGUCGCGAUCGUAGGCUGUCCCUUUCGAGGCGGCCAGGCUAAGCUUGGCGUCGAUCAUGGUCCCAUCCGCCUAGUGCAGGCAGGGCUACCGGAGCAGCUCGCAGAGCUCGGCUGGAAGGUGCAAUUCGACGGUCACCACCAAUUCGAGGAGAUCGACACUCAGAAUGACCCGCCCAUUGGCAAACUGAAGAACCCGCGUCUCGUUUCGCGCGUUUCCCAGGCCGUCGCGCAGGUCGUCGGUGGGCACGCGAAGAAGGGUGUUCUGCCCCUCACGCUCGGCGGCGACCACUCCCUGGCCAUGGGAACGAUCUCUGGGACACUAGAGCAGUAUCCAGACGCCUGUGUCAUUUGGGUCGACGCGCACGCGGACAUCAACACUGCGGAGACAACGGACUCUGGCAACCUGCACGGCAUGCCCGUGUCCUUCCUGCUCGGGAUCGGCCCCAAGAUCCCGGAGUUUGGCUGGGUGAAGCCCGCGCUGCGUCCGGAGCGCCUGGUGUACAUAGGCCUGCGCGACAUCGAUGCCGGCGAGAAGCGCAUCCUGCGCGAGAAUGGCAUCCGCGCGUUCAGUAUGCACGAGGUGGACAAAUACGGCAUCGGGAAAGUGGUCGAGAUGGCGCUGGACCAUGUGAAUCCGAAGGGUGAUCGCCCGAUCCACUUGAGCUUCGAUGUAGACGCACUGGAUCCGUCGGUCGCGCCAUCGACAGGAACACCUGUCAGAGGCGGGCUCACGUUCAGGGAAGGUCACUAUAUCUGUGAGGCCAUUUACGAGACGGGAUGUCUUGUCGCCCUGGACAUCAUGGAAGUCAAUCCGUCGUUGGCGGAUGUUGAGGCUGUGCGCCAAACGGUGGCGGUGGGCUGUUCCCUGGCGCGUUCUGCACUCGGUGAGACGCUUUUGUAA